UGUACGUCUCUGCGGCCUCAAAGCACCUAAACGUAUAUAAAGCAGACCCCCGUUAUGACGUGGUUUCCACCUCCCGCCACUAAAGAGCCCCCGCGAAGCCAUCUGCCCAUGGCGCCGACUCGGCUGAGUCAGACCAGCGGCAGUGAUGACGAACGAGGCACACAACAACGGACAGUCGUGGUAAUGAACAAACACGGGGAGAAGCUAGUCGGGAUAUUGCAUGAAACUGGCUCCAAAGAGCUUGUUAUAGUAUGCCAUGGGUUUCAAUCUACGAAGGAACGCAUUCCAAUGGUGAACCUUGCAGGUGCACUAGAAAAAGAAGGAAUCAGUGCAUACCGAUUUGACUUUGCUGGAAAUGGAGAAAGUGAGGGUUCAUUUCAAUAUGGAAACUACCGUCGAGAAGCUGAUGACUUGCGUGCUGUGGUCCAGUACUUCCAGGAGCAUAAUCGUCUUGUAAGCGCGAUCAUUGGACACAGCAAAGGAGGUAAUGCAGUGCUCUUAUAUGCUUCAAAGCAUAGAGAUAUAACAACAGUCGUGAACAUUUCGGGGAGGUUCAAUCUGGAAAGAGGCAUUGAAGGUCGUUUGGGCAAAGAUUACCUACAGAAGAUCAAGCAAAAUGGAUUCAUUGAUGUUGUGAAUAGAAGGGGGAAGUUUGAGUAUCGAGUGACUGAAGAAAGCUUAAUGGACCGGCUGACUACUGAUACUCGUAAAGCGUGCGAAUUGAUCUCCAAAGAAUGCAGGGUGUUGAUUGUUCACGGUUCGGAGGACAAAAUUGUGCCCUAUCAAGAUGCUCAAGAAUUUGCCAAGGUAAUACCAAAUCAUAAGCUACAAAUAAUAGAUGGAGCUGAUCAUGAGUACACAGAACACCAGAAUGAGUUGGCAUUGUUGGUCUUGGACUUCAUCAAGGAAGGUCUUCGUCCUUGUUCUCUCCAUUCGAGAAUCUGAUACUUGCAAUCACUGAGGAAUGACAAUAGCACUGCGAAGUGCUCAAAAUCUGGUAGUGCCCAAAAAUUGUGGUACGGGUUAUGGUCCAGUCGAAAAGCUAUGUAGCUCAGCAAAAAUCAUUUAAAGAGGGAGAAAGAGACGUUUCCAUGAAAAUCUGCCGAAGGUCAUCAGGCCUGGCAAGGAGUGCCUAUCAGGUUGUGUUCAUGUUGGAAGGUUACAUCAUAGUCCCGAUACGAUCACUCUCUUAAAUAAUUCGUAUGAACAUAAUGAAUUGUAUGUUUGAUGCAAAUGUUCGAGAAGGUGCAGCGUAUUGAGACAUGUAUUCUUUUAUUCUGGAGAUACUCCUGUAACUUAAUCAAUUCAGGCCCAUGUUAGAUCUAGACCCUUGUCCAUGAUGUUCAUGUGGAACAACAUAAAGGAUUAAUCGAAAAUCAACCCCAGAUUUUACAGCGCCAGCAAUCAAAUGAACGGCAAAACCUUGACGAAUCUCCGGGGCUCCCGACGGCGCACGGAGCAAGUAAUUACGUCAAAGGUGCUCCGGCGGAGCCAAGAGGAUUUGAACUCAGGUGUGUGUGCAAACUAGAGUGCACAUUAACCAUUAGGCCGAACCCCUUAGAGUUGUGCCGGUUGUUUCUUACUCUGAAUAGUAGUGUGCCCGUUGUUUCUUUAUGCCGUUUCAACCAAAGGAUAUCUGCAUGUAACUCCCCAUUGAUGUCUGUAUAUAGCGCACACAACAAAUCAGAUAUCGGAAAAGCCCCUUCUGCUUUGAUCUUCCCACGGCCUUUCGUUCCUUGCCAGUAUUGCGCCUCCAAACUGCUCGUGGAAAAGCCACUAGAGUUGGUAUCCUCCCACCCAUGCUCGUUUAUCACAUAUGGCACCCAGGUAAUUUAAGCACCCUCUUCUUUAUCACCGGCAGUGUUUAUCCAUCGAUCAGGAAAUCUGCAUAACGGAAUUAUUUGCUUUCUUGCAAUAGUUUUUGUUUCGUUUUUUCAUGGAAACAAACUUUACUACUGUAAAUCUGACUCAUAUUGUUCUCCUUCCCAAUUUUGUGUAGACUGGCAAUAUGCAUCAUCUCUAGUAUAGUACUUUUUGUUUAUGCAGGUUCUCCUUCCUUCGCCCUAUCUUCACCACCAUGGAACGAAUUCUCUAUCUUGCUGAUUCAACUCCCGAAAGUUUAUUAUCCUGCUCUUAUUGUUGAAAAUCUUUAAAACAAACAGGCUUUGAGAGUUCCUCUUAUUUGUUUGCAUGUUCAUCAAUUGAUUGGUUACGGUCUUCCUUGUACUUUUUGGGAAAACAAGUAUGCUUGCUGUCUCACAGAAUGACAGAUCGACUAUCUUAUGCUUCGUCCUCUUUGUUACCUCGGCCCUUUAGCCUACGGAUGCAUAAGGCCAUCAAUGAUGUGCUAUUUUCUGCUAGCUAUGUUCUAGAACAAAGUGCAUAAAGCAAGGUAUCUUUCCGAGGAUCCGAUCAAGGAUUAUAAUAGAUCCCAUUUGCUUGCAGACCAUGAUUUGUACCUCUCGUAUUCUUUUUCCUCCCUGGGCUAGAAGAAAAGUUUCAUACUAAGACAUAGUGUCUGUUUUUGAAAUGCUCUCUUACUUCAACAAUAUAAAAAAAAACAUGAUUGUUUUUGGUGAUAAUUCUCGAAUAUCUACAUUUUGUACUAUAUUAGUACUUUAUAUAGAAAAAUUUAGAUUGACAAAGCAUUGGUGAGGAUGUCUUUUUAUAAUCGUGGCCAUGUUUCCAAAUUUCAAGCAUGUCUAUUACCUUAUUUGGUGUUGUAUGGAACUUCAUUGUUGUUGCUGAUGACAGCGCAGCAAAAUGGCAGGUAAUGUCUUUUGGGACCAUCUGCUGAAACGUUUGAGGCAUUGUUAUGAGUCCUUCCCGGAUUUCCCGACGCUCCAGCUCUGCUUCUUCGGUUUCUUGUCAUUGCUGCUGUAGACAGGACUUGUAGACCUUGCUUGGUGGUCUCUUUCUUCAUCCCUAGCAAGCCCAUGAACCACCCCAAUGCCCCAGGAGUGCAAGGUAGAACCUAUGAUGCCUACAUAAUACUAGCCAUGUCUUCUCUGUCACAGUAAGGAAAUGAAAGAUCGUACUUCUGAACUAAAUUUCUCUCA